UUGCCAGUCAGCUGUCUGUCACUGUCAAAGUCGGUGAAGUCGGCAGUCAGCUUAAAAAACAACAAAAAUAUAAAUAAAAGCGUAAUUAUUUACAAAUCUGAAAGCCGUUUAUUAUAAAAAUUAGUGGUAUAAAAUUGUACAAGUAUUUUUAUAGCAAGAUGUCGCAAGCCCGGUUUACAUCGUGCAUUCCUUUGCCGUUGGAACAAAAGACGUUGGUAGGAGUUAUAGAGAAGGCCAAGGACUGGGCUCUGAUGCAUGGAGUAGGCAUGAGAGACAGGAAGAACUUCACCAAGGAUGCUAUCCAGAUUGCACCCUUCGUAUUGCUGCCUUCUCCAUUCCCUCGGACAGAGUUCAACAAGGCUGUAGAGCUACAGCAGGUUUUAAACGAGCUCAUGCAUAAGGUUGCCCAUAAUGACGAUUUCCUGGAGCACACGCUGCAAAACGCUCUGCAAGUGGACGAGUUCACGGCCAACCUCUACGAGAUAUGGGUCAAAGUGCGGAAGGAGGGCAUCGCUCAGCCGGUAUCGCUAGGCAUGCUGCGCUCCGACAUCAUGCUGGAGUCGCGCUGCCCGCACACUGAGAACCAGUGCGCGAAGCACACGCCCUACUGCUCCUGGAAGCAGGUGGAGAUCAACAGCAUCGCGUCCGGUUUCGGCCAUCUUGGGCCCACCCUCAGCCUGGGGCUGUUCCGCUCCGACUACCUGAUGCAGCAGCCGGACGGCAAUAAGAUAAAACAAGUGGAGUUUAACACGAUCGCGUCGAGUUUCGGCGCCAUCUCCUCGAACCUUCCCGCCAUGAAUCGCUACAUAUUGCGGCAGUUGGGAUGCGGGGAUCUAAUAAAGAACAUGCCAGAAAACAAGGCCCUCUCCGGCCUCUGCUCCGGCAUCAUAGAGGCCUACGACCUAUUCGGGGUGCCCGGUUCAGUGGCCUUGUUUGUGGUCGAAGAAGUUUCCUACAACAUCUGCGACCAACGCUUCCAUGAGUUCGAAAUAUCGGAGACACGGCCCGACAUUAUAAUAUACAGAAAAACAUUGAAUGAAAUAUUCGAAGAGGCGUCACUUAACGACAAAAAACAAUUAAUGCUAGACGAUAAAGUGGUCGCCGUUGUAUACUACAGAUCUGGGUAUGAGCCGGCGCAGUAUCCAUCUCAAAGGGAGUGGGAUGCGCGACUCAGGGUAGAACAAUCCACAGCAAUCAAAUGUCCGUCCAUACACUACCAGCUGGCUGGUACGAAGAAGGUACAGCAGGCGCUAGCGGCUCCCGGCGCGCUCGAACAAUUCUUAGGCGCUGGCGCUAUAUCGGGCCGAGUGCGCGAUAUAUUCACCGGGCUGUACUCGUUGGACUUCGACGACAGCGGCGAGCGAGCGGUCGAGAUGGCCCUGGCAGACGCUGAACGGUUCGUGCUAAAACCUCAGCGAGAGGGCGGCGGUAACAACUUAUAUGGAGCGGACAUCCGCGAAGCGUUGCUACGGAUGAGACACAGUCGCGAGCGAGCCGCAUACAUCCUCAUGGAAAGGAUAUUACCUCCGCUGGUAUCCGGUUACGUGGUCCGGCCGGGCGGCCAGGUGCCGCCGCCGCUCACUGACCUGGUGUCCGAAUUGGGGAUUUUCGGCGUCAUCAUCGGAUCAAAGGACAAAAUCUACAGCAACCGGCAAGUGGGCCACAUGCUGCGCACGAAGCUCGCGGACGCGAACGAGGGCGGAGUCGCCGCCGGCCUCGGGGCUCUCGACUCGCCGUACCUACUCGACUUGUAACUUAGCUACUCGACUUGUAACUUAGCUACUCGACUUGUAACUUAGCUACUCGACUUGUAACUUAGCUACUCGACUUGUAACUUAGCUACUCGACUUGUAACUUAGCUAGACUUGUUUGUCGAGACAUUUCUUACCCUACACUCUGUAUCUUUAGGUCACAGACAAGACAUUCUCCAGACUGAGUAUAGUAGCGCUACCCCCUCUGCCACAAAUAUACGGUAGUUUUACUCCAUUUUCGAGUCAAUGUGUCUUUGUGUGACCCUGUGUCUUUGAACGGACCAAUCACGGCACGGGACUCGCUCACCUCGUCCCCCGCACCCCUGUAUUUUUGGCAGCAUCGGUUUUAUGAAAUAAUUGCUCUAAGUUCCGUCUAGAGGAUUCCUAGUCUAUGCUUUAGGUACUUAAAUAAAACUAAACAAGUAAUUUGUACAUUUACGGGUAGUUAUAACAUUUAUUGAUUAACCAACCAAAUACAAAACCACCUGGAUCUGUCACUGAACGACCUAACUUUAACCUACAUUAUUUGAUCAUGUAAUGUUUUCAUCUACCCUCAACUGGCUUAAGGAGCCAUUUGAGGGUAGAUUUUGUUUAUUUUUUUUUAAAUAUCUAAAGAUACAGAGUAUAG